AGUCUCACUUCCGACAGCCGCCACUUUGAGGUCGGACCUAUCUGCGAACCUGAGCGCGAUUUUUACGCACAAACUUUGACUUUACGCGCGAUUUUUUUUUUAAAAUCUGUUUUACGCAAGAAGUAUCUCCGCUAACGCAUCGAUUCUGGACUUUACGCGCACUCGACAUAAAGCCUAUCCUCCUGUGGAAGGAUGACUGCUGCUGCUGCUGCUGCUGCUGCUUGUGUUGUUCGAUGUGUGUGAGGCGACAGAUUCAACCGAGACAUCCAUCCAUCCAUCCAUCCAUCCAUCCAUCCAUCCAUCCAUCCAUCCAGUCAGCGCAAACUGGAGCUUUUGGCACAGACUCAUCCAGGAGCUCAGGAUGGAAACAAGUCCAUCUUAAACCUGAAUGACGUGCAGCACUCCGCCGCAAAGUUGAAGCCAAGACUUCUCGAGAAAACUCACAGCGCCUCGGGUCGGACUGAACCAUGUCGACGCUGCUCGGACUUGUGCGUAAAAGCAGCCGCGCACCGGACAGGAAGUGAACUAAUUAUUAUUAAACCCCAUCCCUCAUUUCCAUAUCUAGCGUGAGUCGGCUGGAGCGCAGCCAAUCACCCAGCGAAGGGCAGCAAGAGUCGUAAAAGCAUUAUCCUUCCUCCAUCACAAUCACACUGACAUGCGCAAUCUGCACACGGGCAUCAACACCAGCCGCCUCGUCCGCUUAUUUCACCGACCCCGCUCCCGCUGAAGGGUCCCAUUCGCUGCUCGUAGAUGAGUCGGCGGAAGGCAGCAGCAGCAGCGAGAGAUCAACAUGUCCCGCCGCAAGCAAGCCAAGCCGCAGCACCUGAAGUCCGAGGAGGAGGCGACACGGAGCGGACUCCUCAGCAGCGAUGGCAUGGUUGAGGCCGUGGAGAGAGAGGAGACCGAUGGAGGCUGCAACCACAGCAGUGAGGAGACACACAUCUGUGACAAAUGCUGUGCUGAGUUCGUCACUUGGACUGAACUGAGUGAGCAUCACAAAGUCUGCACUGACGAUCCCCUGGUGCUCAUAGUGAAGGACAAUGAGCAGAUGCCAGUUCCCGAGGAGUCUCCUAUCGGACCCUCUCCGGUUCCCAGUGUGGCCUCCAGCGACUCGUCCGCGGCAGAGUCCACGGACGCUGGCUUCGAGCUGGGAGAGACCCUAGUGAAUGACACUGACAGUCUGGAUAAUUUAGAGGAAGGCGUUGAUCGGGAUGAAGCCAUGGAGCUCGAGCAUCGCCCACAGGACACCACAACCUCCAGCCCUCAGCCUCCAGAUUCAGCUGAGUCCACCUCCCCUCAGACGCCAGCUGCUGGCAGCUACAGCAUGCCGAGUACGAACGUGACGCUGGAGAUCCUCCACAGCACCAGGGUGGCUGUGGCCCAGUUCUCCCAGGGAAUCAACAGCUGUGGAACUGGAGGGAAAGCAGCCUCAGCGGCCAUCCCGGUGAUCCUGGAGCACCUGCUGGCUCUGCAGCAACAACAGGUCCACCAGCUGCAGCUUAUCGAGCAGAUCUGCAGCCAGGUCGCCAUCAUGAACAGGCAGCCAACACAGGGAGCGUUGAACCCAGUCUCCAGAGCUCUGUCUCUGGCUCCAAACCCUUUCCCUUCUCAAGGCAUCAUCCCUCCCUCCAUCCUGCCACUGUCAGGGACGAUGCCUUCCAUCGUCAACGGACAGGCUGCUGUUUCUAUGUCCUCUGUGCUUGAAAAGUCACAAAGCCCCCCCUCACAAACUGUAUGCGGGCAGUCCACCUUUAGAGAUGUAACAUGUACCUCAGCUUCCUCAGAAAACUCAACCCCAUCUCACUCCAGCUGCAGCAGCAGCAUCUCCACAUUACUGCCUCCUUACACAGGCAGCAGCAGCAUGAGCUGCACUCAGACACUGAGCUCGACCAGCCCGCUCUCCCUGGGCCAGAGCGGCCUCCUCAGCUCAUCCUCCAGCCUGCCAUUUCUACCUCAGAGCCCCCCCAGCAGCGUUAUUUUCCCCAAUCCCUUGGCUAGCAUCGCCGCCACAGCUAACGCACUUGACCCUCUCGCGGCCCUAAUGAAGCACAGGAAAGGGAAACUGCCUAACGUGUCCUUGUUCGAAACGAAGCCCAGCCCCGAGGAGCCCUUCUUCAAACAUAAAUGCAGGUUCUGUGCCAAAGUGUUUGGCAGCGACAGCGCUCUGCAGAUACACCUGCGCUCGCAUACAGGAGAGCGGCCCUUCAAAUGCAACAUCUGCGGCAACCGCUUCUCCACAAAAGGGAACUUAAAGGUGCACUUCCAGAGGCACAAAGAGAAGUAUCCUCAUGUGCAGAUGAACCCCUACCCGGUGCCAGAAUAUCUAGACAAUGUGCCAACGAGUUCUGGGAUUCCCUAUGGGAUGUCCAUCCCUCCUGAAAAACCUGUCUCCUCGUGGCUGGAUAGCAAACCUGUUGUAGCAGCUCUGCCAGCCACUAUGGGUCUUCCGCUUUCCUCCACUAUGAGCAGUAUCGGAGGCUCGAAUGACCCUGUAAGUGUAACACCAUCCGUUAAAUCUUCCUACCAGCCAGCUCCUUUUGAAUGUGUAUCUUUGUCACCUAACCACAGAGGCAGUGAGGCUCAUUUCUCUCCUGUUUCAGAGUCGAACCGUGAGACAGAAGCGUCCAAUAUACUGAAAACAGAGGGGGUCCACCUGCCCCAGAACUGCUCCCUUAGACCAAGAGCCAACACAGUAACAGAGGCAACCAGCAGCACGGUCCCGUCUGUGGCCACCACGCCUGAACCCGUCACCUCUGCAUCCCCGGCCUCCAACUCCUCGCCUCUCUCGCUCCACUCAGACGAAACUAAACUCCCAACUGGCUUCCUGGACUCUAUGCAAACAUCUGAAACCUCAAAGCUCCAGCAGCUGGUGGAGAACAUCGACAAGAAGAUCACGGACCCCAACCAGUGCGUCCUCUGUCACCGCGUCCUCAGCUGUCAGAGCGCGCUAAAGAUGCACUACCGCAUUCACACCGGGGAGAGGCCCUUUAAAUGUAAAGUGUGCGGCAGGGCCUUCACCACCAAAGGCAACCUGAAGGCUCACAUCGGUGUUCACAGGGAGAAUCCUCCUGUUCAGGUGCAGCACUCGUGUCCACUUUGCCAGAAGAAGUUCACCAACGCCGUCGUCCUGCAGCAGCACAUCCGCAUGCACAUGAUCGGGCAGAUUCCAGACUCGACGCUGGUGGACCGGCUGCAGGAGAUGGACGGUGAUCUCUCUGUCAACGAGAGGAACUUUGACAGUCUCAGCAGCAACAGCAAUGAGCUCAUUGAUGAUAUUUCAAUGGAGGAAAACGAGGAAGAGGAGGAGGAGGACGUAGAAAACAUGGAGGAAGGCGUGAAUGCAUCCAAACCGUUGAUCUCUGAUUGUAAUUCUCCUCCUAAGUCCUUCGCUGUUGUUUCAAGUAUAGCUGCUCUGGAGAACCAAAUGAGGAUGAUUGACUCUACCGUGAGCCUCAACCACAACUUCGGUUUGAAAUCCCUCACAAAUGGUUUUAGCGACGGCGGCCACCUCAUUUCAAAAUUCUCUUUAUCGGAGAAAGGGGUGGAGGACUGCAGCCCAAAUGUGUCAGAAUCCUCCUGUUCGCCUCGCGUGUCGGCGUCUCCGAUUCACAGCAGCUCAGAAGGCAUGACGAUCAAAUCACCGGCGGCGAACAGCAGCAGGCCAGAAUCCCAGGAGCCUCUGGCAGCCUCAGUGAAGAGAGAGCAAUCUGAGUCUCCUAACUGUGCUUCAGAGCCGAGAGGAGUACAGGCCAGCAAGCUUUGCGUGAAAGAGGAGGCUCCUUACAGCGUGUCCUUCCAACUGAGCAGAGAGAGAGCUGCAGGUCAGAGCAUCCCCAGCCUGGUCACCAGCCCCUCGUCAGGCCUGAUAAAGACCGAGAUGAACAGUCACAAUCACCCAAACAACCCGGCAGAGGGGCAGCACCCGCCGUUUAGUGUCCACAUCCCUCCGGCAUACGCGUCAGUCGGCAGCCCGGGGAUGACCUCCCUGCUCGGACCCGCUCCUCCUCGACGAAUGCCGAAGCAGCACAACUGCAACGUCUGCGGGAAGAACUUCUCGUCGGCCAGCGCCCUGCAGAUCCACGAGCGCACGCACACCGGAGAGAAGCCGUUUGUGUGCUCCAUCUGCGGCAGAGCUUUCACCACAAAAGGAAAUCUGAAGGUUCACAUGGGAACUCACAUGUGGAACAACGCACCAGCCAGGAGAGGCCGUCGGCUGUCGGUGGAGAACCCCAUGGCCCUGCUGGGUGGCGAGGCGGUGAAGUUUGGAGAGAUGUUUCAGAAGGACCUGGCAGCUCGAGCAAUGAACGUGGACCCUGGAUUUUGGAACCGCUACGCAACAGCUAUCGCCAACAGCCUGGCCACGAAGAACAACGAGAUCUCAGUGAUUCAGAACAGAGGCAUCUCUCAGCUCCACCCUCUGACUGCAGGCAUGGACAGAGUGAGCACCGCAGGAAGUCCCAUCACCAGUCGGACCAAGACGGGCAUGGACCUGGGGAAUAAUAGACAUUUUUCUAUGCUGAUUGAUGACAGCAAAGAAAUUGGAAUCAAUUGAAAACAAGCUGAGUGGUGACUUGAAACUUAUGCAAUCUACUAUGGACGUUUAAAUAUUUGUAAAACACCUUGUUUGUUCUUAUGUAUUAUAUAUAGGCCUAAAAAAAAGAACUUUUUAUCAAUUGACAGAGAAUCGUAGGGUAUUCACGUUUUGCUAUUUUACUUUGCUGUCAUUUGUGAACGUUUUGUUUUUCUAUACAUAAAAUAAGUUGUUCAACUUGUACCUGAGAAUCCCUACGGUGCUUGGAGGUAUGGUUGCUCUGAAGAAGGGGACACAUUAUGUAUUUUCAAAUCAAUAAUGCAAAGAGUCUGCUAUCUCCUCUGGACAGCUGCCCAGUGCUGAUAGCUAGUGCAAAGCACAAACCAUCCUCAUGAAUAUACACAAUUACGAGUUGCAGUGAGCUACUGUCAAUGUUUUGGUGAGACAUUGUCAUUCUUAAACAACACUUGGACCGAAUAAAAACUAGAACAAACAGUCUGUAUGU